GUCCUCUUGACUGAGCUCACAUGCUAAGCACAAGUCAGAACUCACUGGCACAGGGAUUAUGCUGUAUUUGUAUUCGCCUGCCGAGAAGCUGGGUUUUCACAGAGGGAGAAAGAAAGUUUGAACGCUUUGAACAAGCCCAGUUUGUCUGUCUGUUUGAAGUAGCAGAUGCUCGUCACUGGCGUGGCUCUUGAAAGUUCACCUCGUUCAAAGACUCUGGUGCUGGGGUUUUUUUUCAGUGCUGCUUGAAGUACUUGUGAAAAUUGCUCACCUGCAGGAAACAUGAGGUCGCAGUACGUCACAGCGCCUGCAGUCGCUGUUCUGCUGUUCCUGCUGUGGAUCCAGUCAUCAAUGGGCUGCAAUAAGGCUCUUUGUGCUAGUGAUGUCAGUAAAUGCCUGAUACAGGAGCUGUGUCAGUGCCGCCCUGGGGAAGGGAACUGUUCCUGCUGUAAGGAGUGCAUGCUCUGCCUGGGCACACUUUGGGAUGAGUGCUGUGACUGUGUUGGUAUGUGCAAUCCUCGCAAUUACAGUGACACACCUCCAACAUCCAAGAGCACUGUCGAGGAGUUGCAUGAACCAAUUCCUUCCCUUUUCCGGGCACUGACAGAAGGGGAUACUCAGCUGAACUGGAAUAUCGUUUCAUUCCCUGUAGCAGAAGAAUUGUCACACCAUGAGAACCUCGUUUCCUUUUUAGAAACAGUGAACCAGCCACAGCAUCAGAACGUCUCUGUUCCAAGCAACAAUGUCCACGCACCUUACUCUAGUGACAAAGAACACAUGUGUACUGUGGUGUAUUUUGAUGACUGCAUGUCAAUACAUCAGUGCAAGAUCUCUUGCGAGUCCAUGGGAGCUUCCAAAUACCGAUGGUUUCACAACGCCUGCUGUGAGUGUAUUGGGCCAGAAUGCAUCGACUAUGGCAGUAAAACUGUAAAAUGUAUGAACUGCAUGUUUUGAAGCAGGAAAAUUGUAAUAUAGUAAUAUUGAGGCCAAAGUAAUCUCUCUCGGUUAAAGAGAUGGGGAUUGCAAAUACUGCAUUUUGGUGGAGUGCCUACUUGUUGCAGUUAAAUGUACCUGGUCGUAAAAAGAUGUAUAAAAUCUGAAAACAUUGUUUUUUUGGUUUUUAAUUCAUGUAAGCUAGGCUAACUACUAGUAGUAGUUUCAACACUAUGUUUUAAGUUCAUUUUUCUUUAUUUCUGCUCGAAUGGUACAGUCAUGCUCAUCCUUGCUGUUCUGAUUGUUUUCUUUUGAUUUGAAAGUAUUGACUAUACUGGUUUUCAGAAUGUAGUACUAUAUGUUGUUGUUUAGAGUAGGGAAACAUUAAGAAUAUGGCAAUGAGAUUUCCAUCAUCUAAGUUCAACAAAUAAUUAAAUGGCUGCUCAGUUGGAGGAGGGUGGUUGUUCUUCAGGAACUGUUUUUUUAGGGUUUGGUUUCUGGUUUUGUUUUUUAACUUUACCUUCCAGUUUUUGAGCUUAGCCUUCUAUUGUGAAAAUAGUACUUGGGGAAGAAGAAAAAUUAAAGCUUUCUCUUUUAACACAUGGGCUGUCAUGGAUAAAAUCCUAACUUCUAAGAAGGGCUGCCCAACAAAACAGUAUGUAUGGGACACUUUUCUUCCAAGUUUCAUUUGCCCUGCUCUUGUAAGUACAUCAGGGUCUAUGUUGCAUAAUUUAUAUAUUAAAAAAACUUUUUGCUGGUCUUUUAGAUACCAAAAUAAAGCUGUUAAAUGCAGCUGCAUCUCCCUCCUUUUGCACUGUUUUCUAGGGUUGUGUACUCCCUGAAUGUUCAGUCCGGUAAAGGAAACGUUGAAAGGUUAUUAUGGAUUUAAUGACUAAAUGAAUAAGGAAGAAUGAAAUGAUAUGAACUAGCAAGUGGUACAGGGCUACCAGUUGAGCAGUUGGCAGCAGGCAUGUUCCCAUUUAGUAGUUUGCUGUGAAUAUUUAUUCCAAAACAUAAUUGUUCUUGGGGAUUUUUUUUCCCCAUAAAAUGUUGUCACUGAAGAGGGGAAGACGUAUCCACAAAGGCAAAAUUAGGAUGUUCUGAGUUUAGAGCAUUGCCCAUUUUUCUAAGUAAGAGUUUUAGUAUGGUGACAGUUACAUAGCAGUUACUAUGACCCAGUUAGGGCCACUGAUAAUGGUACUAAGUACAAGAAUAAAGUGUAUGAGUAGUUAACAAUCAGCUUUUGGUAUUUAUAACUAUGUGGGUUUUAACUUUUGAAUUCUUUUUUAUGCAUAUGCACACACACACAAAAGAAUUUGACUGUUCAUGAUUCACUAACCUCAGUCUAGAGGGAAUAAACUGUUUUCCAGUCACACCUGUCUAUUUGUAUCAUGUACAUAUGAAAGCAGUCAUUUUAAAUUUAUUUUGUUGAAAUGCUUGCCUGAAUGUUUUUUUAUUUUUUCUCAUGAUACAGUUUUUCCAAUAAGAUGAAAUAAUAAUUAAAAAAAAUCUACUCUCGUGAAAUAACGCUACAUCUCUCUUUCAGCUGUAAACAAGUAUUUGAAAGGUGAAUGUUUAUUGUUGUGAAUUAGUGGAUAAUGGAAUACCUUCAUGCUUUAAACUUGCAAGUAAAUGAUAAAAAAAUCAUAGACGUGAAUAGAAAAACUUAGCUUAUCACGAAGGAGUAGUUCUUCUUAUAUUUGACAAUUCACGUUAUCUAUUCUUCUGCUUGGAUUCUUAAAAUGAAUGGAGAGAAAGAAUAUGUUGGAGUAGCUGUGACUGUUUUUAGCCAGAGGGUGAUGCAUCAUUGUUCUUUACCAAGAUAGGACACAUACAGUAAGCAUGGCUACAGGUCAUUAGCGUGCUUUCGAUUCUUGCCAUGUUAAAUUAUUGGAAACAUUAUGGUAGUACAGAAUCUUCUUGGGGAAAAAACAGCUGAUGUUUCUGGUCAGGCACCUGCUGCCCCAUGGAUCUGUGGCACCAUCUCCAUUUACAUCAUCAGAAUUUCACUGUGAGGUCAAGUUAAGGGAAGAGCAAGGGUGUGGAGUGGGGUGGGGGGUGUAAAUGGGAUGGGACUGACCUAACAGGUGUCCAGGAAACACUGUGGGGAAUGGCAUUAAAAUGUAAACACAGUUGUCUGUGUAAUGGCCUGAGAGUAGAUAGUAAGGAUGCACACUUUCGGGGGCUUGUCUUAUUUUUUGUAAUUCCUGAUGCUGUCUAGAGUUUGUUGUAAGUGUUGUGUGUAUGCAAAUGUCAUACAGCAACAUCCAGUGUAUUUUAUUAUGAUGAGUGUUUUAAGAGGUAUUUUAAUAAAAAGACAUUACUGGUU